AUGGCGAUGGUUGAUGCUCUUAGGCUGUUCAAAGAGACAGGAUCCCUCGGGAAUGUUGUUUCAUGGACAGCGAUGAUUAGUGGUUUCUUGCAGAAUGAUGGGAAAGAGGAAGCAGUGGAUUUAUUUUCGGAAAUGAAGAGGAAAGGUGUUAGGCCGAACGAAUUCACUUAUUCUGUCAUUCUCACAGCUCUUCCUGUAAUUUCUCCAUCAGAGGUCCACGCACAAGUUGUAAAGACUAACUACGAGAGGUCUUCAACCGUUGGAACCGCUCUUUUAGAUGCUUAUGUGAAGUUAGGUAAAGUAGAUGAGGCUGCAAAAGUUUUUAGUGGUAUUGAUGAUAAAGACAUUGUGGCUUGGUCAGCGAUGCUUGCAGGAUAUGCUCAGACCGGAGAGACGGAGGCAGCUAUUAAGAUGUUUAGUAAGCUCACAAAGGGAGGGGUGAAACCGAAUGAGUUUACAUUCUCUAGCAUCCUUAACGUGUGUGCGGCUACUACCGCGUCUAUGGGACAGGGAAAGCAGUUCCACGGGUUUGCUAUAAAAUCAAGACUCGAUAGCUCUCUGUGUGUUAGUAGUGCUCUUUUAACCAUGUAUGCAAAGAAAGGCAACAUUGAGAGUGCGGAAGAAGUUUUUAAGAGGCAGAGAGAGAGAGAUCUAGUAUCAUGGAAUUCGAUGAUCUCUGGGUAUGCACAACACGGGCAAGCUAUGAAGGCUCUCGAAGUUUUCAAGGAAAUGAAGAAGAGAAAGAAGAAGGCGAAAAGUAUUACGAUAUAA